AUGAGCCCAGACUCUUCUUCUUGCACUGUGCCUGAUCUGGCAGGAAAGGUCUUCAUCGUUACAGGAGGUAAUGCGGGCAUUGGCAGGGAAACGGUGAUGGGUCUUGCAUCUCAUGGCGCGCGAGUGUAUAUGGGCGGGAGGAGCAAGCAGAAAGCCAUGGAUGCAAUAGUAGAGAUUAAGGAGAAGCUCCCCAGUGCAGACAUUCAGUACCUUCACUUGGAUUUGUCAAACUUGGAGAGCGUCACCGAAGCUACUCAAACUCUUUUGAAGCGAGAGACUGCACUUCAUGGACUCGUCAACAAUGCUGGAAUUAUGGGGGUACCGUUUUCAAAGACCAAGGAUGGCUAUGAGAUACAGUUUCAGGUCGGUGCAAGGUCAUGGAAGGCAAGAGCUUUUCGAGUACUGACAACCACGGCCGUUCAGACAAAUUAUCUUUCUCAUUUCCUCCUCACAAAACUCCUCCUUCCUCUUCUCUUAUCUACUGCAAAAUCUUCAAGUCCUGGGAGUGUUCGUAUUGUCAACGUCACGUCGGAUGGGCACCAAAUAUUCGAAAACAAAGGCGGCAUCUGUUUCGACGAUAUCGAGCUCAAGUCUGUGUCCACAAUGAAAAGAUACGGACAGUCGAAGCUCGCAAACAUCCUUCAUGCCAAGGAGCUGAACAGAAUGUUCGGGCCAGAAUCACCAGGUCGUGAUGGCAAGAUAUGGGUCGCUGCUGUCCAUCCGGGCCACAUUGACACGGAUCUCGGCAAGCAAGCGACAGGGGUGGCACCCACAUACGUUCUUCGAAUAAUGAGAUUCAUGACUCGCCUUUUGAGAAUUCUGGACGAGCCGGAAAGGGGUGCCUCGUCAUCGUUGUGGGCGAUAGCUAGCAAAGAUUUUGAGGAGAGCAGUUCGGGAGCUUAUAUUGUCCCGUACAUGAAGAUCGGAAAGCCAAGUGCAGCGGCAAUGGAUGGAACACUCGCGAGCAAGCUGUGGAACUGGACCGAAGAUCAGCUGAGACAGAAGAGGCUGCUUGGCUGA